ACACUGAUUUUUGAUAGUAUUAAUGCAGUCUUCAGAGACUGGAACAAGAGCAUAGUGAUUGGUAAAUAAUAGGUACUACUAGUAUUUAGAUAGACAUAUCAUACAUCUGUGACUGUGAAGAGUUUUUGGUGUUACAAUUUCAAUUAUGGCCUUCUCUGCAGAAGUAUCAACAAAGAAAGGGACACAAUUGUAUAGUGAGGCACUGUCACUAAGUGGCUAUGGCAAAUACAACCUUUACAUACUCCUGGCGACUGGAGGAUGCUUGAUGUGCGUCAUAAUAGAAACAAUGUGCAUGUCCUUCAUAUUACCAGCAGCACAAUGCGAUCUCGAUUUAUCACUAUCGCAAAAAGGCGUUUUGGUAUCCAUAGGAUUCCUGGGAGUAAUGACGACGUCCCAUUUUUGGGGAUUUAUGGCCGAUUUUCGCGGCAGAAAAAACAUUAUGAUAUUUUGCCUCGUAACCAGCUCACUGGUUAGUUUAGUUUGUAGCAUAGUACCAUGGUCUUGGCUAUUUAUACUGUUACGAUUCUGCAAUGGAGCUUUGAUUAGCGGUGCCUCGUCAAUUGUGUACUCUUUUGCUGGUGAAUACCAUGACGAUAAGUACCGACCCAUGGUCAUAUCAUGGCUCUGUUCGUUUGUAGCAGCUGGACAAAUCUACAUUCCAGGUUUGGCUUGGUCAAUCCUACCGAGUGAAUGGAGCUAUGAAGUGGAGGCUCUAGGACUUUUGUUUCGCCCUUGGAGACUUUUACUUAUAGUUUAUGCUCUACCAAGUUUAAUUGUAUCUGCAAUGUUAUCCAUUUUGCCAGAAAGUCCUAAAUUCUUGCUGGCGCAAGGCAAACAUGACGAAACAUUGCAAAUAUUAACAAAAAUGUUUGUAGUUAAUACUGGUAAAAAAGCCCACGAAUAUCCAGUAUCUACAAUAGUUUUAGAUGAAGUACAAGAGAAAAAGGCUGACGAAAAUGCAAACGUUUUUAGAAUUAUAUGGGACCAAACAGCAACACUUUUCAACAAACAAUACUGUUUCAAGACAAUUCUCAUUUGUUACCUGCAAUUUGGAGUAUUUUUAUCAGCAUCUGCUUUAUCCCUCUGGUUUCCACAAAUAAUCAACACCCUAUCCCAAUAUGCUGAAAAAGUAUCAAAUGCAGGAGUAACAUUGUGUGGAUCAAUCGAUGAUCAACCAAUUAGUUUAAAUAAAUUUAGAAGCUUAUUCUAUGAAUAUUCAAUGUGGAGUGAUAUAAGUACUCUGGACAAAGUUUGUGAUGAUCAUGUAGAUACUGGAGUGUAUUUGGUUGUUUUAUGCAUAGGGGCAGCAAUUGGAGCCACCUAUAUCAUCAUUGGUAUUCUUAUAAAUCAUUUAGGAAAAAAGAAACUUUUAGUAGGUUUUGCUGCAACUACAGCAAUCUGCGGUCUAGUCGCCCAAUACAUUUCGGGAUAUCAAACUAUUUUAAUUUUAUGCGGAAUUUAUCUAUUAAUUUCCUCACUGGUAGGAGUAGUAAAUGCAUUGGCUGUAGAUUUGUAUCCUACAAGUAUUAGAGCCAUGGCUGUAGCUGUUUCACUCAUGUGUGGAAGAUUGGGAGCCACCAUUGGGUCCAAUGUUGUUGGAAUAAUUUUUUACAGUUACUGUGAACUGAUAUUUAUAUUUUUUGCUGUAAAUCAUGUGUUGAUUAUAGUAGCUGCUAUUCUGCUGCCAACAAAAAAGUUAGAAACCAAGAAGAUGAAUUUUCUAGAAUAAGAAUUGUUUGGUGUAAUUUUUGUAUUAAUAAACUUUAUUUGUUACUUAAACAAAAUGUGUAGCCAAUUUUAUAAAUAUGUACUCAACAAUUACCUAAAAAAAAAAUUUUAAAAUGUGUUACUUGAACACCCUUUGUUUUAUCCAUUCAAAGCGGAAUUGAGUUCUCCAUUCGCCAACAUUUCUUUGACAAUAUCCAAUCCACCAAUCAAUUCGCCGUUAAUGUACAACUGUGGAUAUGUGGGCCAAUCGGAAUAAGUUUUGAGACCUUGUCUAACUUCUUCAUCUUGUAAAAUGUCAAAGGUUUCAUAAGGAGC